GUCUUGUUCAAAGAGCAAAAAAAGCAAAAAAUAAACUGUUGAGACGAGAUGAUGAGCGAAAUGAUGGGGGGACUCAGGAACGAUAUGAAGGCUACAGUUAUGGUGGAAUGGAUCCAUAUAUGUGGGAACUUGAAGAAUUAGGUGCUAUAAGAAGUCAUCUUUCUGAUUUUAAGAAACACAGAGCAGCCAGAAUUGAUCAUUAUGUUGUGGAAGUCAAUAAAUUAAUAAUCAGAUUAGAAAAGCUUACUUCCUUUGACAGAACAGUUACAGAUUCAGCAAAGAUAAGAGCAAUAGAGAAAUCUGUCGUGCCUUGGGUUAAUGAUCAAGAUGUGCCAUUUUGUCCAGACUGUGGUAACAAAUUCAGCAUACGGAACAGGCGCCAUCACUGCCGACUCUGUGGCUCUAUCAUGUGCAAGAAGUGCAUGGAACUGGUUAGUCUCCCCUUUGCAAGCAAGCUUACUACUGCUAGCAAGGAAGUCUUGGUCUCUCAUACUAGCCCCAGCUGCUCACCCAACAGCAUCCAGGGCUCUCGACGAGGUAGCAUCAGUAGUAUAAGCAGUAUCAGUUCUGUUUUGGAUGAAAAGGAUGAUGAUCGAAUCCGUUGCUGUAGACACUGUAAAGAGACACUGCUCAAAAGGGAACAACAGAUUGAUGAAAAAGAAUAUAUACCAGAUAUUGUGAAACUAUAUGAGGUGAAAUAUGAAUCCCAGAGACGGCAAGAAGAGAAGCCGGCCGACUACACUUCCAGAUCCUUCGCAGCAUCCAAUGGUGACGUCCAUCGAACAAAAAGGGUCGCAGUGAAGAAAACUGAAGGAUGGCUACCCACUGCUAGCCUAUCUCGGAACCAGGAACUGGCAGAUCCACUUCUUCAACAGAUUGAUAAUAUCACUUCCUUUAUUGAGCAGGCAAAGAAAGCCAAUCGUCUGGAUGAAUUCCAGAUGCUGCAGGAGAACCUGCGACAGCUUCAGGAUGAGUACGAUCAACAGCAGACCUUCAAAGCCAUCGAGCUCUCUAAAAAGCAAGCAGAAAUGGAGGAAAUGCAGAGAGAACAAUUGCAGAUCCUUUGUGAAAAAGAAUGGAAAAGGGAUCAUAGAAGAAAGAUGUCUCAACAUUCACGGACACGUUCUCUGGAUUUCAGAGAAGUGAAGCCCGACAAGCUCGAGAUGGAGAGGGAAAGCAUAAACCAAAUAGCAGAGGCUUUGGAUCUGGAUAUGCUUCAGGACAAAGAUUACUCUGGCUGCAAGGCUACGUUGCCCAGUAGUGGUGUUGGAUUGCCAGGGAGCAAGAACCUGGUUUUGGUUUGCCAACCUGUAGAAGCCUCAGGGCAAGAAAAAGCCUCCAUAAAUCCUUUUGAAGAUCCUUUAGUAAUUAGCCCUCCAAAGAACGACCCUGACAGUCCUGUUGCUGAAAACCCUGCAGUAGCUUCCUUGCCUCCCUGUGCCCUGCUCAAUUACAAAAGAGAGUACAACCCAUUUGAUGAAGAGGAGGAGUCUCAGCAGGCAAAUGGGGUAGAUCUCAGUGCUCCAAACCCAUUUGAAGAUUCUGUGGCAAAUCCAUUCUCUACACCUGGGGGUAAUCAGGAAAGUGGGAAUCCAUUUGAGGAAUCAGGGUCUUCCUCUUUGAAUCCUUUUGAAGUGGAAAGUGAUAAUGAGGUUUCGGGGGAAGAUAUCAUAGAGGAGGAAUUACUUCUCCAACAAAUUGAUAAUAUCAAAGCCUAUAUUUUUGAUGCCAAGCAAAGUGGGCGAAUGGACGAGAUAGAAGUAUUGACUGAGAAUUUGAAAGAACUUAAGAGCACCCUUGCAAAACAGAAAAAGAAAUCGAGCUGCUGAACUAUGUCCUCAUACUUCUGCAGUUCCCAAAGGCAGGGAAGAUCAAGGUAAAAUGAGAAAUGCAUCGCAAAAGGCGCUUGGGUGCUGAAUCAAGCAUAGGCACUUUGGCAUAGGGAUUUCCACUCUUCAGAUCCGUAAAAGUCAACACUAUUUAAAAUGUUAUAAUUACCCGAAACCGUUCUUCAAAUACUUGGAAAAGUCUGUAUUUGUAUCCGAACCCAAAUUUAGGAGCAUAAUUGUAUUUCUCAGCACCUGCUUUAUCUCUGAUGGGUUCAAUUUUCAAAGGGGAAAAUUGGGCAUUUUAAAAUUCAGGAAAUUAUUUGCAGUCCUCAAGACCGUCUGAAUUUAUUUUCUCACCAGGUAGGAUUGUAUGUGCUUAAAAAAAAGAAGAAGAAGAAAAAGAAGAGAAUUGCUUGAAACCAUCUCUUAAAUUCCUAAGGCAGAAGCAACUUGUGCAGCAACUUGGAAAAGCUUUUACUGCUUCCAAAGAAAUGUGGUGCUCACAGGAGCCCAACGCAUUUCUUCAGAAUCGUUUUUGAAUCUUGCACAGCUCAGCUAAUCAGAAAUUAACACAGUUGCAAAUUCUCAGCUUCCCUACCAACUUUAUAUUUUAGGGAAGCAGAAGAGAGGCAAUAACUUACCGUUCAAUAGAAUAAAGUCAUUCAUUGCUAAAGCAACAUAUAUAUUUCUAAAAACAUAUGCACAUGUUUUAGAAAACAAAUGCAUAAAACCUAACUAGACAUCAUGUAUUUUUUUCCCUUUACCUGUUCAGCUGAUCAAACUAUUUGAAUAAUUUUUUCCAGCCAAUUCUUGAUUGUACUUUUGUACAAAAUUUUGAAAUUUUGACACUCCCUCAAAACUACAUAAUUUCCAGGCUUUUAGAAAUGCCAUGAUAGGAAAACUGUUUGAAAAAAUUAGAAAAUUUGCAUCCAGAACUGUGCUUUGACGGGAGCCACUCAGAGUAUAAAUUCAAAACUAGAAGUCCAUUUUUCUUUCUAAUUUGAUUUCUCUCUAGGGUUUAAGGAAAUGUUAAGUCUAGAAUGGAAGGGGGGGGGGAGAAUGCCCAGAGUAUAAGAGAGACCAACAUGAACUCAUUUCACAAAAAGAAAGUGUCAGUGUUGACAUACCCCCUUCAUUCGUUGUGAGGAGGAUUUGUGCGAACCCUGUUAUAUUAAAUGAAGGCUAUGAAAUUCUUAGGGUUGAGCUAUUCAUUUGUAAAUCUUUUUUUUCUUUUAUUGAUCUGCCAGCUAUGAACAGAAAGGUUUAGAAGUGUUAAAUAAUAUCUGGUUUCAGUUGUACGGAAUGAAUUUUAUUUAGUUGCAUUUUAUUAUUUUGGUAACAAACCAAUUUUAAUUGUUUACAUCAGAACUUACUUGGAGAGUAUUAUGUACUUAGGGGAAUGGGAAGAAGACCCAAGCAUUAAUCAUUCAUCCGAUUUUGACAAUUGUUUCCAUUUAGAAACGCUGGUAGAGAUGAUACUGUACCCAAUAUAUGUGGACACUAAAUGUUACAUUCCUCAAAAGAUUAGAGAUAGAAUGGUCAAGAACUAAGGCAGCACUUUAUACUUUCAGCAUUAAGUAUUACAUGUUAUUCAUUUGUUAAUUCAUGGUAUGCGUAUAUAUAUAUGGUUUCCUUUUUAGUAGGGAAAAACUACUUAGCUUUGAUUUCAUGCAUAACUCAGCGACAGCCUGUUUUAAUGAAGCCUGUAAAAACUGAGCUGAACACUGCCCAUCAGGUUAUAUAAUAAGUCUAAGGAUACUUGUUCUGAAUUUUUUUUAAAAAAUGGGAGCAUUCUGGAAAUGAACUUACAAUGCACUAAACAGGACAUGAGUUGGAACAUAAAAAAGUGAUAUUUUUAAAAAUGGAUACCUACAAUUUGAGCAGGCAGCAAAGGCGCGAUGAUUGUUUAAGGUAAAACUAUAUUUAUUAAAAACAACAAGGCCACAAACUUGAUCUGUCACUCUUUAUGUCCAACCAAUAUGAAUGUUUCAGUGGCUUUUUCUUUUAAUUUAAACCAAUUUCCUUGUUAUAUGCAUUCUGCCUUGUUUCUAUGUAUGCCAUAGUCUACUUUAUAAGACAUAGUAUUGAUGUAUUUUAUUAAUAAAUACAUUGGUUGUAGCUCUAUAACCGCAAGUCAAUGUGGAAUUAUCCUCCUUGAUAACCUAAUGGUUGUCCCACAUUUUGUCAGCCUUCCGUUUGUACUACUGAAUUGACACAAUGAAAAUAAACAAGACCAUGCCAUUAUGAGAUUGAACACUAAUGCCAUUUGUUUGUACAUUUGCAUGCACUAGUUUGUAAAGUUUCUCAUGAAAUAAAGUAAGAUUUUUGUUUC